AAGGCCUUCACCCAUGCAAGCAGACUGGAGCAGCCAAAAUGCUGCCCAAGGAUGAGAGGAAUCUAGAAAAGUUAACUCAGCAACAACAAACGACAUGGCCAUUACCACAGUAAGGCUUUGGAGUGAACCGCAACCUCCCUUACAAAGGAAAAAGGACCCAGUGUCCAGUUAAUUGCAAGGAAAUUUUGGAGUCAUUACAGCAGGUGUUUGUGGAUGCUUCGCAGUCACCCAGGGUCCAGGCAAGCCGACCGUGCAUGGGCAUCGGAGACCAUGGCUGUGCAGCUGGUGCCCGACUCUGCUCUCAGCCUGCUGAUGAUGACGGAGGGCCGUCGAUGUCAAGUACAUCUCCUUGAUGACAGGAAGCUGGAACUCCUAGUACAGCCCAAGCUCUUGGCCAAGGAGCUCCUGGACCUCGUGGCAUCGCAUUUCAACCUGAAGGAAAAGGAAUACUUCGGAAUAGCCUUCACGGAUGAGACGGGACACUUAAACUGGCUUCAACUAGAUCGAAGAGUGUUGGAACACGACUUCCCCAAAAAGUCAGGACCAGUGGUUUUAUACUUCUGUGUCAGGUUCUACAUAGAAAGCAUCUCAUACCUAAAGGAUAAUGCCACCAUUGAGCUUUUCUUCCUGAACGCUAAGUCCUGCAUCUACAAGGAGCUGAUCGAUGUCGACAGUGAAGUGGUGUUUGAAUUAGCCUCCUAUAUUUUACAGGAGGCAAAGGGGGAUUUUUCUAGCAAUGAGGUGGUGAGGAGUGACUUAAAGAAGCUUCCAGCUCUCCCCACGCAAGCCCUGAAGGAGCACCCCUCCCUGGCCUACUGUGAGGACCGAGUCAUCGAGCACUACAAGAAACUGAACGGCCAGACCAGAGGUCAAGCAAUUGUGAACUACAUGAGCAUCGUGGAGUCUCUCCCAACCUACGGGGUUCACUACUAUGCAGUGAAAGACAAGCAGGGGAUCCCGUGGUGGCUGGGGCUGAGCUACAAAGGAAUCUUCCAGUAUGACUACCACGAUAAAGUGAAGCCAAGGAAGAUCUUCCAAUGGAGGCAGCUGGAAAACCUGUAUUUCCGAGAAAAGAAGUUUUCCGUGGAAGUUCAUGACCCCCGCAGGGCUUCGGUGACCAGGAGGACGUUUGGACACAGUGGCAUCGCAGUGCAUACGUGGUACGCGUGCCCAGCAUUGAUCAAGUCCAUCUGGGCUAUGGCCAUCAGCCAACACCAGUUCUAUCUGGACAGAAAGCAGAGUAAGUCUAAAAUCCAUGCCGCACGCAGCCUGAGCGAGAUCGCCAUCGACCUCACCGAGACGGGCACGCUGAAGACCUCCAAGCUGGCCAACAUGGGGAGCAAGGGCAAGAUCAUCAGCGGCAGCAGCGGGAGCCUCCUGUCCUCAGGUUCUCAGGAAUCCGAUAGCUCUCAGUCAGCCAAGAAAGACAUGCUGGCCGCCUUGAAGUCCAGGCAGGAGGCUCUGGAAGAAACGCUCCGCCAGCGGCUGGAGGAACUGAAGAAACUCUGCCUUCGAGAAGCCGAGCUGACCGGCAAACUGCCCGUCGAAUACCCCUUGGACCCAGGGGAGGAGCCGCCCAUCGUUCGCAGAAGAAUCGGGACGGCCUUCAAGCUGGAUGAACAGAAAAUACUGCCCAAAGGAGAGGAGGCCGAGCUGGAACGCCUGGAACGGGAGUUUGCCAUCCAAUCCCAGAUUACAGAGGCCGCCCGCCGCCUGGCCAGUGACCCCAACGUCAGCAAAAAACUGAAGAAACAAAGGAAAACCUCGUAUCUGAACGCGCUGAGGAAGCUGCAGGAGAUGGAAAACGCCAUCAACGAGAGCCGCGUCAAGUCCGGGAAGAAGCCCACGCAGCGGGCCUCGCUCAUCAUCGCCGAUGGAAACAUUGCCAGCGAAGACAGCUCCCUCUCUGAUGCCCUCGUGCUAGAGGACGAAGACUCUCAGGUCACCAGCACACUGUCCCCCUUACAGUCUCCUCACAAGGGACUCCCUCCUCGACCACCGUCACACAACAGGCCCCCUCCUCCCCAGUCCCUGGAGGGACUGCGGCAGAUGCACUAUCACGGCAAUGACUAUGACAAGUCCCCCAUAAAGCCCAAAAUGUGGAGCGAGUCCUCUUUAGAUGAGCCUUACGAGAAGGUCAAGAAACGUUCCUCCCACGGCCAUUCCAGCACUCACAAGCGGUUCCCCAGCACCGGGAGCUGUGCGGAAGCAGGCGGCGGCAGCGGCUCCCUGCAGAACAGCCCCAUCCGCGGCCUCCCUCACUGGAACUCCCAGUCCAGCAUGCCGUCCACCCCAGACCUGCGGGUCCGGAGUCCCCACUAUGUCCAUUCCACGAGGUCGGUGGACCUCAGCCCCACGCGGCUGCACAGCCUCGCCCUGCACUUUAGGCACCGGAGCUCCAGCUUGGAGUCCCAGGGCAAGCUCCUGGGCUCGGAGAACGACACGGGGAGCCCCGACUUCUACACCCCGCGGACUCGUAGCAGCAACGGCUCCGACCCCAUGGACGACUGCGGCGACGCGGGCCGCCUGACGCCGUCGCGCUCACAGAUCCUGCGGACUCCGUCGCUGGGCCGCGAGGGUGCCCACGACAAGGGCGCGGGCCGCGCCGCCGUCUCGGACGAGCUGCGCCAGUGGUACCAGCGCUCGGCGGCCUCGCACAAGGAGCACAGCCGCCUGUCGCACACCAGCUCCACCUCCUCGGACAGCGGCUCCCAGUACAGCACCUCCUCCCAGAGCACCUUCGUGGCGCACAGCAGGGUCACCAGGAUGCCCCAGAUGUGCAAGGCCACGUCAGCUGCCUUACCUCAAAGCCAGAGAAGCUCAACACCGUCGAGUGAAAUCGGAGCGACACCUCCAAGCAGUCCCCACCACAUCCUGACCUGGCAGACUGGGAGCUACGCCGACAGCUGUUUCCUGGACUCCUCCCUCUACCCAGGACUAGCCGACGUCCAGUGGUGCGGGCAGGAGAAAGCCAAGCCCGGGACCCUCGUGUGAGCCAGCCGGCCUCGAUCUGACCGCCUCAACGCCAUUCCGAGAUCACCUCACUGCCUCUCAUUUGCCUUACCCAGACGCACUGUCACCCUGCACCAGCUUCGGCCCUCAGCACUUUCUUUCUCCUGUCUCCGCAUCCCCUUCACCCUCAAAACCCUGACUGAGGAGACAUUCUGGAAGGUUCCGGUCCCACUGUGUGUCCCCUGGCUCUCUCGCCCACCCACGGAGAGCCGGGCACCAAUCCUCGACGGCACCUCGGCGGCUCCCCCCUGCCGUGACGGCCCCCAGGCCAGGAACCAUCUGGGAAGGCUGCGGACGCCGACUCCUGUGGCCAGGUGGCCCUGGGAGAGAACAGGCCAGGGGACCCGAGUACAGGGUGGUCGGCCUGCACUCGGUGAAGAGGAGGCCUCGCUCGCGGCGGGAUAUAGGGACUCCGUGGACACCUGAAAUAUUUCCUGGGGGCGGGGGGGGAGAAUGAAAAAAGAAGCUUAACGUGUUAGAGAUGCAUCGAGGACCACAAUCAGUUCUAUGCUGCCAAAGAUUAUAAAAAAAAAAUUUAAAAAAAAAGGAGGGGCCAAGAGGAAGACCUUCUUUCUGCAGUGAAAUCUCGUCACUUCCCCACGGCUGCUCCUCACGAGUGAAAGUCCACCACGUGUCAGCUCCCCCCUCUCUAACCGGCCCACCCACGCGCGCUCAGGCCGGAGGAGCCGGGAGGACCAAGCCAGCUGCUGCCCCGGGUCCCCGGGUGUGUGGACGGGGAGGGCAGGCCCGGCCGGUGCAGGGGGGCGGCCCGUCCGAGCCCGCCCCACAAAGCUGCUUUUCUGUUGGGAUCUGUAGGCGAUGGAAGGUGGCGAUUGCCAAAAGCGCUUCUCUCAUUAAAACCACCAGUAAAAGUGUGUCCUGUUGUUUCGCA